AUGAUUGAAAUUCCACCGGAAGAACAGUACGAAACCGACACUAUUUUUUCGCAAGAAGGAGAUACCCCAGAAUCCUACCUAGAAACGAAGCUUCUCGAUUUCGAAUCGGACAAUGAAGUUUUUUCGGACUCGGAAAGUAAUUUGAAAAAUGAACGAUUUUUGACCGUCGAUUUGCCAUCACCAACCACCAAAGUAGACAGCGACUCGUUCAGAAGGCUUGUAGAAAAUUCAAAGUUCGCAUGGUCUAACAUUGCGUCGGCGUCUUCAGACUUCGACAGAUUAGUGUUUCAAGACGAUGAGUACGACAUCGCACAAGAUAGUUUCCGCUACGGAAGAGUGACUGCAGGUACCAGUUACAAUCUCAUCACUGGCAAAAUGCAACAAGAAGUUAUGGAAAAAGUGAAAGAGAAAGAUGAAGACAAUGAUGAUGAGGAUAAAAUUGUCGAAACAGUUACUGAAAAUGAAGAUACGCAUAUUGUCACAACCGAGGUGACAAUUCCGUUGAACGGCAGUGGAGAUGGAGAGGAGAAAUCGAGUGUGUUCGAUGAGAUGUACGAAAGCCAGAUGCCAAAAUUUUUCAAAUAUCGAGAUCAUUUUCCGGAAAUUCAAGGAAUCUGGACACUUCUUUUCGAUCAAAAUCAUUACGGCGACAUGUCAACCUUCGAACUGCAAGCAUCCAUCUGUGCUGCUCUUAAUUCGAAACAUCAUCUGAUCAUUUGUAUAGGUGUUGACGACUAUAAUACUGUCACUGGAGUGGAGAUGUCGGCUACCGAUCGAGUGGUUUUCCGAAUGGCUCUCUCGAGAGCUGUCGCUGGAGAAUUUCAGCCACCUCUGAUCAAACUUCCACCGAAACAACUGACUGGAGUAUCGCCCAUGAAACGCGAUGUUUCCGAGAUGAUGUCAAACAUCGACGUGAAAUUCAUUCCAGUGUUCGGAAAACAAGAUCCAGUAGCUGCGAGCAGUGAUGCUGCUCCACCAAGUCGCUUUUUGGUAGUAGUUCGAGUCAAAGAACUCACUGAAAAACUGUAUCAGUUGUCUUCCGGUCGCAUUUACGUGGAAGAAGAUGGCCGUGUCGUUGAAUUAGCAAACAUUAAUGAGGCGUUCCGUAAUCUGAUUAUCAACAAGACUCCGGAACAAGCGCCUAUUCUGGGAAGUGUUUUCAUGCUCGAACCAGAACCAUUUGUAGAAGACGCUCCUAUUGACAUAGAGGAAUGCUCAAGUGAAGAAGAAGAAGAAGUUGUUGACUUUGAGACAACCACCACACAAGAGACACCGAAAAUCGUCGAAGCUGUUGUCCAAGAUAUUGUUAUCCCGGAAGAAGAAAACAAUACGCAAAUCGUUGCCAUGAUUUCCGAUGUUGCCGAAUCGGUUAUCGCUCGUCUCGACAGUCCCCGCGUUCAAAACUUUGGAUGGUUCCUUUUUGCAACGGCCAUUGCUUACGGAGUUUAUCAAGCUGUCAGACCGAGAUUCUAA